UCACAAGGUAUAAAGAGGCUCUAGACCUGCAGAGCAUUCCUGCCUUGCUGAUAUAGUCAGAAAAAUAUCCAACAGAAGAUUUUCUAGUCAUUUGCGUCUCUCUACUUCAUCAUGGAUAACACCAUUAGACCUGCCAUCUAUGACUCCCUGGGCCACUUGAUAUCCACCCGCCAUUCUACCCGCAACUUCCUCCCCAAGUCCGUUUCUAUUGACGACCUCAAGAGAUCCCUCAUUAUGGCCCAAAAUGCGCCCUCAGGCUCAAACACUCAGCCAUGGAGAGCGAUAUUUCUGUCGGGGAAUGCUCUCACGUCUUUGAAAACGGCAUUGAUCGAGGCCGCUGAUAGCGACCCCUCGCGCAUCCUACAGCUACCGGAGGCUUUCCGUCAUUAUAGGUCAAGUCUCGGCCGUAAGCUCUAUGGUCAAGCUAUGGGUAUCGCGAGGGAUGAUUUACCAGCACGGAAAGCGGCCGUGUUACGCAACUUUGAAUUCUUCGGUGCCCCCAUGGCCGGCAUUAUCUAUAUUGAUAAGACUAUGUAUGAUGUGGAUCUGCUCAGCGUGGGAAUGUGGCUCCAAACUUUGGUUCUAGAGCUGACUUCGCUGGGGUUGGAUACCUGUAUUGAGGUCAGCGUGGCUGGAUACCACCAGAUUAUUAAGAAGGAACUCAAUAUUUCUGACGACAUGGAAAUUCUUUGUGGAUUGGCGGUGGGAUAUGGUGACCCCACAUCCGCUGUGAAUCAGGUGGUCGCAGGACGAGAUGAUUGGGAGCAAUGGAUUGAAAUCAGGCAAUGAUUAUCACGGUUAUGGCGGCAGUGGAUACGUGCUAUAUUCAUAUUGCUCG